GGGCUGAAAGCAAAUAGAAGCCAGUUGUAUUGUAGUCUGCUCUUCUGCCGACGGGGAGAUGAUCCAUAAACUUCAUUUGCUGCUGCUGUUGUUUUUAUGGUUGGCAUAUUCCAUCCAUUCGGUCAGUAUUUCUUCAUGUUGGUAUGGCAGUUUUAAGUAGAUCAAUUUGGAAAAAGGUGACUCAAGAAAACUAAAACAUGUGCUUACACUGUAAUUUAUUACAUAGCAGCCGUGUCUACGUGCUUUCAUCUAAUCACACUUGUCGACCAACGGGAGCGCAGCCGCCUUCUCAGAUACUUAUAAAACCGUAAGAAGAAUUUAAGUAUUGAUCCCCUCCAGGGUUUGGAGGAUAAACAGGAAGAAAAGAAAUCAGCGGCUUGAAUUUCCCUCACCUUCGAAAAGGUGCAACACAGAAAAUAGUACUAAACACGAACAUAGUCAUUGACCAAACGGAAAGGAAAAUCUUGUUACGUACACAAGUGCAGUUGACGGUGUAGCACAUGCUCACUGUGGUAGUUUGUAACUGUUGUAUGUUAGCUCUCGAUCGGCCCCUAAUUAUCGAUCAGCGCUGAAUGAUGCACGUUUCUCAACCCCAGGGAAAGAUUUGAAACAAGUUGGAGAGAAGUUUGCCGGUGUUCUUGUCGGUGUGUGUAGCUCAGGGUCUCCUCGUGAUUUCCCGCGAGCUAGGAAAUGCCGGUUACUGCUCGCAGGAUAGUUGUAUAUUUAAAAGUACACAUACACAUAUUGUGCACACUUUUUCACAAACUAAACGAGAAAACAUCCAUUUCUUUGUCUGUAGGGAGUCUUAGGAUGUUCAGAGUGCACUGAUGUUGAGAGUAAGUUAUUUUCACUGUUUACUCGACUUUGGUCACAACGGAGAGGGACUGGGUUAAGUUAGCACGACUACUUAGGCAAGCAAACUGAGAGAUGUGAAAAUACACAAAGCCGUUUUUUCCCGCGGGAAUUGGGUGACAAUAGUAGGGAGUUGUGGUAUGAUAUUUUAUGAGAAGACAAUAGGUGGGUCUACGGAAAGGUGUGGGACAUAUUUUGGAAUCUAUCUUGCAAUUGACAUAGGACUAGAUCUCUGAUAAGUUACACCGCCUACCUGGGUAAAUUCUACUUCUCGUAUCUUAUGGCGAGAUGAAGUUUUCCCUGAGUAAUUUUUAUGUUUACAACAUAGCAAAUGGCUUUGUGUGCGAUGGAAAAACGGUCAACUUGUGUCAGACUGAUCAUUCGAAGUCGUGGAAAGUUGCCGUUAUCACUGAAGAAACCAUGGAUUUGUAUUCAUGUGACGGCCUGGAGGCUGGAGACAAACUCUUACUAUUUGUUAGCAAAGGAAGACUGAUCAAUUAUGGCAAAUAUGAAGUGGUCACAGCACAAGACGUCGCACCGAUAGCUGGAGACGAAAAGUAAGAGUGAAAAUUAUAGGAAACUUGUGGCCCAACUCUUUUUUGAGAACUACAUAUCUAUAUAUAUAGCAAACAUUUUCAACAUUAUUAUAGUAAAAUUUUGAUUGUAAAUAAUUUACACUCAAACGUUCUAAGUGUCUAAUAUAUUUUCCGAAUGGAUUCUGGCUUCUGACAGAGUAAUAUGGACAAACUGGGCAACCAUUGGAUGACUGAAUGUUUAGCCGGCGGACUGACUCACCGACUAAGUGACUGAAUGACUAAAUGACAGAAUAACUUACUAACUGACCAAACAGUUGCAGCUAUAAAAAUAUCCUUGGAGUAAUGUUUUCAUUCUAGUUCUUUAGUUAAUUAGUAAUUUGCUAUAUCAGUCCAUCAAUCAGUGCCUUCUAUUUGUAUGAUUACAGAUCACAAUGCCGAGUUGUUUUUGACAAACCCAUUACGAUGAAUCUUGAAAAGGACCACCUAACAUGUUUGAUCGCUCAAAGGCUUCCCUCAUUUGACAAAGUAUCUUUACGUAACAAAUGUGUCCUGACAUGUGAUGAACAGAAAGAUGGCCUUGGAGGAAUUCUGGCCUUUGAGGCUGACAACCUGGUGAUCGAUAGUACUUCUAAAAUAGAUAUGACUGGAAAAGGUACGAGCAUUUUAGAACUUCUCACACCUCUGUUUAUGUCUCAGGUUGAAACAGUAAUUAUAUUGGCUCUGAUUUGCGAAUGAGUUAUUCGCGAUUUUUCUUCUAAAACAUAACAGAGUAGAAUAUUAUUUCUCGAAUUUUCACAACAAAAGAUUGAUUUUCAGUUUGAUCUUGAACGGCGAGUGCGGUAUACUGCUGGUGGUCUACAGUUGAGUUUAAAUUCAUCGAGAGUAUGAUUGUAGAAUAGUCCAAAAAAAUAACGAAAGCUCUAACAAAAUGAGGGCAUGCGAAGGUUGUCUGAAUCUGACCACCUUCAGUUUACUUAAAGAGCCACAAAUUUUAUGGUGUUUGCGCAAAACUAAUAACUGUUUUGAAGACUACGUCCAAGCUAAAACAUUUUUUUCCUAGUAAAAUUAUUAUAAUUACUACUCUGAUCCUGGCUCUAACAAUCCUUGGAGUCCUUUGGCUCCACCUGUACCUAAACAGCUUGUUCCCUCUAUGUGCCAUUAUCAUAUCCUCUACAUGUCGUAUUCAGGCCGUGAGGGAACAGGAUCGAAUGGGAGGAGGAGCGGCAGGGUGGCGCACUCACUUGCGAACAAAGUGUUGAUAUAGAGUACUCCUUGCGGUAUUGUUGAUUUUCAGGAUUUACAGGCGGCCUUGGAGGUGAUUCCCGUGGGGGUGGAGGGUACGGAGGCGAAACGUUCGACUGUCCGGCAAACGCGUUACUAGGAAAAGGAGGAGAUAUUUCUUACGUACCCUGGGCAAAGAACACGGACGGAAUUGGUGGUGGAGGGGCUGGGGACGGGCCAAAGACAAGAGUAGGUUAGUAUGCAUGCGUAAGGUAUUACAAGGGUUAAUCAGAGCGCGGAUAAUGCCACUAGAAACCAGUUGGAAUUCAAAAGAAAUUACCUUAACUGUUUUACGCGCUGGAAGACGCAAAUGAUUGAAAAUAAAUCUUAAACUACGUGAAAUAAUCUGUGGUAUAGUCUAAAUUUAAGUCAAUAGUAAGGAAACAGCAGGAAGGUCGAUUGAAUCACUAGGCGCCCAAACAACCAAAUUAAAACAGACAAGUGUCCAGUGAAAGGACAACUCAUGACAAAUAAACUCGGAUAGAGUCGCGAAAUCAGAUUUGGAAAUUUGAAUAGAAAACGUUCUGUUCAAUAUACAACAAUGAAUGUGAGUUUUUUUCUUAAAACUUUUGUAGUAAUUGGAUGGAAAAGGAAACUUUUAAGUUUUUGAUGGCACCAUAACGCUAGACUUUCCGUUUUCGGGUCAGGAAACUCAGCCCACAAAAUUAACAAGAAUUUGUCGGCGAAAAAAGGUCAUUUUACUAAGUUCACAUGAUGAGUGGAAGAGUAUUUCUUAACCUUGUAACAAAAACUUUCCGGCAGGUUCUAAAGGAGGUCCGGGAGGAACUAAUGCCGGCGGCGGAGGAGGAGACUCAACUGUCAACAGUGACGAUGGUGCGGCCGGUGGGGGAGGGGGUGGACAUUUCUCCGGUGGCGGGGGAGGUGGAGGAGGCAGUGGGUGUGGUGGUAAAGAUGGGGGAAAGGGAGGAUCAGCUGGAAACGUAAGUCAUUAAUUUUCGUAUGAAUAGGAGUGAAAACCGUGUGAAGACAGAGCUUAGGUUACCGUUGCGACCGUCUGAGAAGACGCAAAUAUGUGUUUUGUUAUUUCAACCUCCAUCUAGCUACAGGGUGCGUCAAAUUUUUACGGACAAGAAAAUUAAACCUGAGUUGUCUAUCCAUUGUAAACAAGAGUUUUUCAAAGGCUUUCUACCACCAUUUUCUUGUAGAUCGGUACUCACGCUGGGGGUGGGGGUCAGUCGUCUUGCCCAGGAGGACAUGGUGGCAAUGGAGGGAGUGCAGGGAAAUGGCCUCCUAAACGAGCUCCCCACUGCUACGACAAGUCAGCAUCAGGUGGUAACGCGGGCUCAUCUAGCUCUGGAGGUGGAGGAGGUAAUUAUUAAGUUGUGUAGUCCAUCACACCGGAAAACCUUUUAAGAGAUAACAACGGAGGUUCUCAUGAAAAUUGAUGCCAUUUUUAGCUUAAAUCGCUAAACUGUAAUCAAGGUAAAGGAUAAUAUUAGUAUCUUUGAUUCGAUUUUAAGGUGAUUCUUGUGGCAAUCAUUACGGUGGAGGUGGUGGAGGAGGUAAGUAGACAAUUGUUUUUGUGUUUUUCCUCAGUGAUUGAAGCUAAGAUACUUCAGUCAGCUCUUUUGGUUUGAUGUUGAAUUUUAGGUCUGAUGUGACUAAGGGUUUGGGCUCAAGCAUCCAUAAGGAACAUUACGAUUGAGCGUUGCAAAACAAAAGCAAAAGCAAUAAUAGCAUUCAAUCGUAACAACAACAACACCCAUGAUCAAAUUGCAAUUGGUUUUAGUUUUAAAUCUGAUGGCUGAGAGAAUGGCACGAGUUUUGUUGAACAAUUAAAGAGCGCGGUAAAGGAGACCAUUUUAAUUUCGGAUUAUCUUGAAAUAAAAGUUUGCUCCAGAUAACUUACAACUUUCAUAACUCUUGGCCAGAUUUUCAGCACAUUUAAAGACAAUCUUUGAAAGGUUUAGAUUCUCAAAAUGCAGCCAAUCUUGUAGUCUAGCGGGGAAGACAAAACCUAUAUGAUUUCUGGUACUAUUUCUCUUCCAAAUUGUACGCUGUUAGGCUAAUUGCCAAAGUGGACUAUUUACGUCAACGUCUUUCAUGGACUUAAAUGACGAUGUUUUAAGACAAAUUUUAACGUUUUCAAGCGAGGAAACUUCUAUAACUGAAUCUCUUACCUACCGCAAACCUAGGUGUUCUGGAGGGAUUCGUUCUCUGUAUAGGUAAAGAAAUAAUUAGAUAACACAUAUGCAACUGACUUGGGAGCAUCAAUGACACCUUCAGGGUCCACGGGGGCCACUAUUUUUUUGUUUAUAUUUAGGCGGACUCCAAUUUGGCAAUACCAACUUCAAGACUCACUUGAGUUACGGAGGGGGAGGUGGAGGGGGAGGAGCAAGUGCGUUCAGAGAUGACCCCAACCCUGGAGGGAAAGGCGGAAGUGGAGGAGGACUGGUGUAUUUACAGGUUGGGAAACUUGUACUACAAGGGACCAUCAGUGUGAAAGGUACGAUCCAGAAAAGCAUAAAACCUACCCCUCCCCUCCAAAGUCUCCGCCCUUUAACUCCCAGAAGUGACUAACAAGUAACCUCUCCAUGUACUCUCCAUACAUUAUCCAGUAAACAGAGAAUACUGUUUUAUUUAACACUAAAUUCUUACAAUUUUCUUACAUAGAAAUUUGUAGUAGAUAGAGGGAAGAAUUAAUAACCAGAUCUUGGGAAUUUAAUGGGUAAACUUAGAAUCCUUCUUCUCAGAGAAAAGUUGUUGAAAGACCAAGUUUUUCGAUAAUGUUCAAACCAUGCCUUAUUCCAGACCUAAAUGGUAAAAAGUGAUUCCCUUUUCAGACCUAAAUGAGUAACAAACAAGAUAAAAGAGUCUAUUGGUCAAAAACUGUACCCUCUGAGCUGCAAAUGCCUGUAUAAUGUAAAGGAAAGCAGCGCAGGACGUAACUAAAAAUUAAAUUGUUCCACAUUGUAAAUCUGCGUCCUGGCUGUUUUAUGGAGCUAAUACUUUAAUAUCACUUUACCAGGAAACUCUGGACAAUGUCUCAACCGGAAACGUCACAGAUCAGCCCCUGGGGGAAGUGGCGCUGGGGGCAGUGUUGUCAUCUUUACCAAGAAACUCAUCGGAGAUCCGAAGACUAAAAUUUCCGUUUCCGGAGGGGAUCCUGUAAAAUGUGCCUUUGGAACUGGCGGUGGUAAGCAAACAAAGUCCUUUGCAAACCAUGCCGUGAGAACUGCUUAGUGAAGCUCAGUAAAAUAUCGGUCUACCCAAGCUUUUGAUCAUAUUAUACGCUCUGAUAAAAAACCUUAUCUCAUGGCAGAUGGGUUUAGGGUUCAAAGAAACGUGCGGGAUAAGAGUUUAGGGUACGGUACGGGAUGAGGUAUCGCAACCCGCGGGAUCGGAAAGAUAAGAGCUUUCCAGAGAACCAGAGAUCAGGCUCUUUAAGAUGAAAAAAAAUGUUUUUUUUAACAGGAAUUUCAAGUUUUUUAAUAGUAUGUAGAGUCGGCCAGUACUGCUUAGUACGUAUUCAGGAAAAGAGUGAGAUAAAAGACAAUCUAGAAAACAAUUUUAGAUAACUUCGAAAUGAGCGGAGGUGGAUCUAAAAUAAGUGAAAAAUAUUUUGACAGCAUAAAAAAAAAAAUAUGUAUAUAUAUCCCCUGAUGAGUGCUCAAUGUUGUGGUAGCAGAGCUAAGUAUACAUAAGUUAAAGAGUUAAAGAGAACGCAUCGAUUCUCUGUGACUCUGAGUUUCGCGCCUAAGCGCUCGUCAGACAGAACUUUUUGGAAAAAAGUUAAUAUCUAAUCAAUUGAUUUUCCAGGUGGAGGUGGUGGUAUCGGACGCUGGGUUGUACAGGAAGGUCAAUCCACCCAACACAGCUGAAUCUGUCUUGGACUUUAAAAGGACGAAGCCGAAACAAGUGAAGAGUACAGCUAAUGGGUUCGCUUUAGAUGAUUUGUUCUCUGUUGUAUCAGCGUGGUGUAUCCGAACACAAGUUCUCUUGACACCAUCAAUUAGUUGUAGUUGAAGGAAUACAAAGUAGGAAAUAAACUUAGUUGAAUCUCGUCAAAGUCUUGCGGAUUCAUGAUACCGA